AUGAUCAUGAUGGACUUUGUUAUUCGCCUGAACAAAGAACAACCCUCCUUAGCCCAACGUCUCACAUUGGCCAACCUCACCAAAUUCAUCAACCUCGCAAGCAACGUUUACCACCGUGCUCACGAAGUCAUGAAUUUGACUUCAACUGAUACUCGCCUGCUCCCCUUCCUCAAGCUAGCCCUAAAACUCGAUCUCGACCCAUCCGAGUGCGAAGUUUUAUGGAACCUCGCGUUUCCCUCGCUUCCAUUGGCCCACCUCGAUUCAGCGAGCCUAAUCCGGACGUACGGACUCCAUGAAAGCCUCGACAAAGACACCAAGGUACAUGAAGUAUAUCUCACACCUCCGACAAAGACUUGCAUCGUCUGCCAGCAACCUUCUGGCGAAAAACUCCUCACAAGACCUCGAAUUGAUGGAUAUCUAUACGACCUCGACGGCGUCCACUCCGCCGAGUUCCAUACAUGGGGCUGCACAGAUUGCGGCGCUUAUUAUCGGCCUUCGUACUACACGUCAAACAAGGAACGAUUCUAUUACACCAAAGGCCAGGGCGCCCACCCCGAAUACUACCAGGUACACUGCCACUUCGCAAUGUCACACCGCCUGGCAAAGUCGUUCCGGCAAUCUCAAAUGCUCGCCCACAUGUCCAACUUCAAUAUAGUCAAUCUAUUCAACCUCACGCACAUACAAGGCCAGCAUCUCCCAACCCAUUCAGGCGUUCAUAUCACACCUAAGAUCUCGCAAGAGGUCGCUCACGAUGGGUCUGACCUCUUUAGUCUCCUUAGAAGAUGCGACCAACGUGGGUCAGUUCUCCAUGUCCGCGCGAAAGGAACCAAUGCGGACUGCUUUGUACCAGCCAUGACGCGUGAACUCUAUCACAUAGCCAAUCACGGGUUGGCUUUCCGGGACCACUUCUGCUCGUUGUGUGUCAGAGCAUCCAAAGUCGAACACGAUGGCCACGCAGCGAUCAAAGUGAUUCGAGCCAUCGUCACUGAUGGCCUUACGAUAGGACACUGGCGCUGUACCGCCUCCUCGGUCCAGCUUGAAGAACUGGCUCACCGCGCCGGCGACCCACCACCUAACGGACCUUGCCUUAACCCACUGCCCAAAGUUACCUCGCGGUUCUGUGCUGAUCAUGAGGUGAGCCUGAAGGGUUGGUGUCAGGCACAACCAUGCACUGCACUCGCCGAACCAGGAUCCAAGUCUUGUGUCAAUGAACGUCAUCAAGCCGCCAUGGCCACCUUCGAAGGAAAGAAGAAUCACAAUUUCUCACUCAAAUCGAUGCUCAACGGCCCCGGAUCUAACCUCCCGUCCGAUCCUUCCGUACAUCUCAAUCCCGAGACUACCGAAAUCAUUGACCUCGACGAACUCCAUGACGCAGACGAGGCCGCGCGCGAUGGUGGCGAGGCCCAACCUAAGAUCACAUCAGCUUGCAGCCGUUGCCGCACCCACAAUGACCAACUCAUUGUGGGCACUUGCGGAAUCAUAUUGAGCAGACGGACAUUUUACAAUGCGGAAGCACCAAGCGCUCUCAGGGACUACUUGGUCGAAGCGUUCCCUGAAGGACUGCCCGAGGUUAUUUUUUACGACAAUGCGUGCAAUUUACUAAAGGUGAUCCACAACGGGGACAGGGAUCCCGCCCCGUUCAAACACAGCAUCAUUCCCGUAGAUCCGUUCCAUCAUCGUGCUCAUAAAGAGACUGAUGAAUUCUGUCAAAGGUACACUGACCCUAAAAAAUUCCCUGAUCUUCAAGAGAAUGGCUCUUGGAUCUUCAAUGCGUCCGCCGGUGAGCUGAGCAACAUCUGGUAUGGCGGUUUCGCAUCCAUGUGUCGCAACAUGCAAGCCACUCGUUACAAGUAUUUCCUUGAAGACAUGGUGGAGUGGCGGAACUUGUGGCUGACGGAUGCAUUAUCUGCACGCAAAAAUGUGGAAUAUAUUGGCCUUCAUAAGUUCUGA